AUGUCGUCCAAGCUUGAUAAACCUAUGUUACACAUGUCGCUGGAAGAAGAAGAUGACGAACCCUGUGUGCUACCUGACCGUCCGGAGUUCUACUCUACGGAGAGGAACGAGAUGAGUUUGGUGGGGAGGCUUCUGAAUCCGAAGUGUCAAAGAAUGGAAGAUCUGAUCUGUGAAAUGCCAAGGAAAUGGCAGCUGUAUAAUCGAGUGAAGGGGGUGGCUUUGUCUAAGGAAAAGUUUCAGUUUAUCUUCAAACAUGAGCAAGAUCUGUUGGAAGUUCUGAACAGAGGCGCUCACACUUGUGAGAACUGGUCGAUUGUGAUAGACAGGUGGGUAGCGAAACCGCCUGAGGAUUAUCUGCAGCACAUGAAGGUGUGGGUUCAGAUGAGGAACAUUCCUGUAAACCAUUACACGCCAGGAACUAUAUCCUACUUGGGAGAAUUUGCUGGUCAAGUUAUCGAUGUUCCUUAUGAUCCUGAGAAAGCGCAGUACAAAGACUAUGUAAGAGUCUUAGUGAAGUUUUAUGUGUCUAAACCACUACGAAGAUCCAAGAAGCUUACACUGCCUGGGGGUGAAGUGGUGAAUAUCUUAUAUGACUAUGAGAGGGUUCAAAAGAGGUGCUAUACAUGUCAAAGGCUCACUCAUGAACAAUCUCAAUGUCCCUUUGAGGUGAAGAGUAAGAUGGGUGGAACUCAAGAAGAAGCCUCUUCCGCAGGAAGCAAGAGAACAGAGCUGAUAGAAAAACUGGAUGAAUCUGACCCUUUAUUUGGAGUUCUGCCAGAGAAUCAAGUUGGAAGGGACCCGAUUUCUGGAAGACCGAAGAUUGCAGAAGAAGUUCUCCAAGGGAUGAGACAGUACUUGCUGGCAGCGGAGGGCCCGGAAAAGCUGGCUAGAGAAGAUAGAGUGAGGAAAUCCAUUGAAGACUUGAAGGAUGACCCCUUAGGUCAGAAGACUUUUCUUAGAUUGGAACCGGCUCCAACUAUUUCAAACGCUCUGGACAAGGGAAAAGGAGUGGUGUACGACUUCAGUGCUCAGAAGAAGCAAGUUGUAAACCCAGAAAAGCUAAUGGCCAGUGCCAUAUCAGCUGGUAUGAAGGUGCUUCAAUCUGGGAAGGUGGUGUCUGAGCUCCCGGUCUCUGAAUCAACGUUAUACUCAUCUGAGUUUCUCCAUGAGGGUUCAACAGGUUAUAGUGUGGGUUUCUAUGAAACAAACACUUCCGGGACCUCUCUAAAGAAACCUAAAAGUAGAAAAAGGCCAGGAACAUUCAAGAGAAAAGGAAAUGGGAAGAAGGUGAUGGAAGAGGCUGCUGCCACAGGGAUAAAAAUCGGAGAAGGAGUAGUAACUGAUACAAAGAGGAAGGCACCAGAAGAUGUCGAGCCAUCUAAACGCUCUGCAAGGUUUAAGAAACCAUUGGUGGUCCCAAAUGAGGGACCGUCCAAUAUUUAA